UACGACAAUGAUCAAGACCGUUUUACGGCAGGCAUGUGUAUGCGGGAAGCUUCAAGCUUGUUGAUAACCGAAUAGCUAACAGUUCAAAGUGUGCAGAUUUACUUUUCUUUUAAAACAGAUCGCCUUCAAGGCUACUUACACAGACAAAUGGAUGUCGGAGAGCUCCUAAACUAUCAGCCUGACAGAGGAGCAAAGCGUCCUAGGGAGGAGGAUGGAGGAUCAGCAGGAGGAGACGAGGACUCCAGAGGAGGAAAGCAGCAGAAAGGGCUCAGUGCUAGAGAGCUGGCCAGAUACCGGGAAGCAUCAGGAAUGGAAGGUGGCGUUGAGAUGAGGGAAACUGAAGAGCUGACUGGAGAGAAGAAGAAGAUCCUUGAAAAACUGAUGGACCAGGAUGAAGAAGAACCUGAGGCAGAACCGGUCGAUGAGAGCUCAGUGAAGAAAAUGAUCCUGACCUUUGAGAAAAGGUCGUACAAAAACCAGGAACUGAGGAUUAAGUUUCCAGACAAUCCAGAGAAGUUCAUGGAGUCAGAGCUGGAUCUUAAUGACAUCAUUCAGGAAAUGCAUGUGAUUGCCACAAUGCCAGAUCUCUACCACCUGCUGGUGGAGCUUAAUUCUGUCCACUCCCUGCUGGGCCUCCUCAGCCAUGAAAACACAGAUGUCGCCAUAGCAGUGGUGGACUUGCUACAGGAGCUGACAGAUAUCGACACACUUCAUGAGAGUGAGGAGGGUGCUGAGGUACUCAUAGAUGCUCUGUUGGAGGGUCAGGUGGUCGCCUUGCUGGUGCAGAAUAUGGAGCGGCUGGAUGAACAAGUGAAAGAAGAGGCUGAUGGUAUCUAUAACACACUGGCUAUUAUAGAAAAUAUGGCUGAGUUCAGACCAGGCCUGUGCACUGAGGCAGCCCAGCAAGGACUCAUGCAGUGGCUGCUCAAGAGAAUCAAGGCCAAGAUGCCGUUUGAUGCUAACAAGCUGUACUGCAGUGAAAUCCUGGCCAUCUUGCUGCAAAACAAUGACAACACAAGAGAGCUCCUUGGUGAGAUGGAUGGCAUUGAUGUGUUACUGCAGCAACUAUCUGUGUUCAAACGUCACAACCCCUCCACAGCUGAAGAGCAGGAGAUGAUGGAGAACCUAUUUGACGCUCUGUGUUCCUGCCUCAUGCUGCCCAACAAUCGGGAUCGCUUCCUCAGAGGAGAAGGUCUUCAGCUAAUGAAUCUCAUGCUUAGAGAGAAAAAACUGUCUCGAACCAGUGCUCUAAAGGUCCUGGACCAUGGGAUGAUUGGACCAGAGGGAACAGAUAACUGCCAUAAGUUUGUGGACAUUUUGGGCUUGCGAACCAUCUUUCCUCUUUUCAUGAAAACCCCCAAGAAGAUGAAGAAAACUGGUGCUUCAGAAAAAGAACAUGAAGAGCAUGUCUGCUCCAUCAUCGCCUCCAUGCUGAGAAAUCUCAAGUCCCAACAGAGAAGCAGACUUCUCAACAAGUUUACAGAGAAUGACUGUGAGAAGGUUGAUAGACUGAUGGAGUUGCAUUUUAAGUACCUGGAGGCUGUUCAACAGGCUGACAAGAGGAUCGAAGGAGAGAAACAUGAGAUGGUUCGUCGGGGGGAGAUCCUGGAUGACAGCAUGGAGGAUGAGUUCUACCUUCGUCGCCUGGACGCCGGGCUAUUUGUCCUUCAGUUGAUCUGCUACAUAAUGGUGGAGAUCAGCAACUCGGGGAUCUCACAGCUUCAGCAGAGGGUUCAUCAAAUUCUCAACCUAAGAGGGGGCUCUGUCAAAGUAGUGCGCCACAUCAUGAGAGAGUACGCUGAGAGCAUCGGAGAUGGGAAGAGCGACGAGUUCAAGGAGGCCGAGCGGAAGAGGAUCAUGGACCUUGUAGAAAACUUCUAAUCACACUUUGUCUCCACACACACUCGAACACCAACAGAGGUCACCAAAACUAAUCGUUCACAAUAUGGGACUGCUGGUUAAAUGCAUAAGCCUCUGUAUUAGUCAGCCUAAAGCAAUCCAUCAUUACAGACUUAUUUUCAUGGUUUCAAUUCUUUUAUUACUGUUACUCUUUCACCUUGCCUGAAUCUUUGACAUUCAAUUUGGGGGGAAAAAGAAGAAACUCAUCAUAUGAAAAACAUAAAUAAUUCAAAGCUUUGAUUAAUCAAAUACUUUUGUUCAAAUACGUCUGUAUAUGAAUUGGAGAAAAUUCAGCAAAGUCUCUGCUCUCUUAUUAGAAACAUUGAGGAGUGCAGAAAAUUGUUGCUUGACUGUAGCUGUUUAUUAUUUGUGUUGCUGUGCUGAACACAGCAGGAUAAUUGUGUACACACAUUGCACAGAGAUCUGCAAGCUAAAUAACCCUCCCUUGACUCCUCACACUUUUCAGGGUUUGUUUGUUUUGGAUUUAGGUGUAAAAUAUUUUCUAAUAAAACAUUUGGUGAUAAAAUCCUGA